AUGCCCGAGACAGACAGCGCAGCAGACUCAAAAGUCGCCCUGACCCCUUCAUCGCUCUCUCUCCCGUCCAGUCGUCCACCUCUGAAGAGAUCCCGGCGGUCUGGGUCGGGCGAGGACGUGUCGAAGCAUAACGACAACAUUCGUCCAGAACUGGACCACCACGCCCUUCCUUUUGCUCCACACUCCGAACGACGAGCAAUCUGGGCCGAUCUGUUGCGGAUGGAAAUUGUGGAACUGCGUAUACAGCUGGACGAGAGUAAUGAGGAGUGCAAGAGGGUCAUGGAAUCGCGGGACAGCUUGCGAGCUCUUUUGGAGAGCUCAAACACCAUGGCUGAUCGCUGGAAAGCUGAGACCUUCAGACAGGCGGAAGAAACAGAAAGACUCAAAGUGCAAGCCGAAGUUGCGUCUACGAGGUGGAGAGGAGAAGAGGGUAGAUUGACCAAGGAGCUCGCUCUUGUCACCUCGGAGGCCAGAACCUUGAAAGCGUCUCGGAACGACAGAGAGGUGAGGAUCUCGUCGCUGACCAGGGCAUUAAAGGUGGAGAAAGAGGCAAGGUUGGUAUUGGAGGCAAAAAUAGAAGAGGGGAUGAAGCUUGAGAGACUAAAGGCCGAGGACCUGUCUCGAGAACGGCAAGUAUACGAAGCUCGACCAAAGGAAGUCAGAUCACGCUUGGAUACGGAUUGGACUCUCUUGCGAACGGAGAGACAGAACUUGGCCAAGGCGGAACUCCGAUUCGUCGACCAGAUCCAUAUUCAUCAACUCCAAAUGGAAGUACAGAGACUGCGUGAGCUGUCGCACGCGAAAGGCAAAGAGGAUAGUAUGGGAGCCGAAGAGUUGGCAAAUCUCAGGAGGAGAAUGACGAGCACCAGAGGCCUUGUGUUCGAUCUGAAGAAAGAAGCCCGAGAUCAGUCACGAUACGUUGUUCAGCUGGAGCGGGUCAUCGAUGAAAAGCUCAAGGAUUGCGAGCACUGGAAAGCGCUGAAUGACACGAAGAUCUCAGAGAUAGAGAGGGCGGCAAUGGAAGGACGAUGCAAGGUCAUGCAACAGAACUUUUCAAGAGUACAAAGACAUUUACAAGGCUUGCAGGAUUAUCAUGAUGUGGCGUGGAGGGAAAAGAGAGAUACAGACAUUAUUCAAAUGGAGGAGGACAUGAUACGACGCUUUGAGGACAAAGCGACGGAGAAUUUGCGAAUCAACGAAACGAUGUGCGAGAUCACCAUUGGCGAGAGGAUGACUUGGGAUAGGAAUCUCCGAAAGACAUCCCAAAUGGAGGAGAUGAGGAGGCUGGAGUACUGGUUGGAUGAACCAGAAAUUGUAGACGGCGAGAUGAGACUCACGUCCACGGACCCAGAGGAAAAUGAGGACAACGCUGUGUGA